AUGUUAACCUUUUUAUCUUCUAAUAAUUUUUUUAAAUUCGUUAAUUAUUUAUAUUUUUUUGUUUUUAUUUUUGUAAAUUCUGAUGAUUCUUUAACUUCCGAAAAAUGCCAACAAUCAAACUCAAAUUUAAUAGAAAAUUCUCCAAUUAAUGGAAAUGACAAUCCCGCAACUAAUUUUGGUGGAGAAACAGCAGAUGAUUUCCCUCCUUCUGCCCCAAUUAGCAUUCAAGCAGGAACAUUAUGGCCGCUUCCCCAAAAAUUUCAUUAUGGAGAAUAUAACAGAACUGUUGGCAGGCAGGGAUUAAUUCCUUUAAUAUUUAUUAAUUCAACAUUUGGAGGCGAAAACAGGGAAUGUGAUAUUCUUGAAAAGGCGAAGAGUAUUUAUUUAAAUAAAUUGCUUGUCUUCCCUGCAUUGGAAGAAGUACGUACAGGAAAGGGAACACCUUUACAAAUGGUUAUUAAAGUAAAGAAACGUUGUCCUGGACGUCAGCAAUUCCCUCCAAGUGAUAUGAAUGAAGAAUGUGAAGAAAUUCUUUUAAAAUUUAAAUUUAAUUUAAUAAUAUUAGAUAAAUUAAUGGUUCCAUUAAAUGGAGAAAUAUUACUUGAAGCAAAUGAGAUAUGGGGAGUACUUAGAGGAAUUGAAACUUUUAGUCAAUUAUUUUUUGUAAAACAAGGACAAUUAUAUAUUCGAACAAUUACUGUACAUGAUUGGCCAGAAUAUUCUGUUAGAGGAAUUUUGCUAGAUACUUCCCGUCAUUAUUUAAAUAAAAAUAUUAUUUUGAGGCAAAUUGAUUUGGCUUCUCAAAAUAAAAUGAAUGUUUUACAUUGGCAUAUUGUUGAUAUGGAAUCAUUCCCUUUUGUGUCUACUAGAUUCCCAAAUAUUUCAAAAGAAGGGGCCUUUACUUCAAAACAUAUUUAUUCACCAAAUGUUGUUGAUGAAAUUCUUCAACAUGCACGUUUACGUGGUGUUCGAGUAAUCCCUGAAUUUGAUACUCCAGGUUCUGGAAUCUUAGCUGAUUGUUAUGAUAAAAGGAAUAGAUUAGUUACAUCAAGUAUGCUUGAUCCAAGUAGAGAAUCGACAUAUAUAUUUUUAAAAGAAUUUCUAAAAGAAAUUGAUGAAACUUUUCGUGAUAAAUAUAUUCAUUUGGGUGGAGAUGAGACUGCUUAUUGGACAAUUCAAUGUUGGUCACGUAAUCCAAAAAUUAGAGAAUUUAUGGCCGAAAAGGGAUUUAAAAACAUGACUCAAUUAGAAAAUUAUUACUUUAGUCGUCUUCAAGCAAUUGUUAAAGAAGUUUUUGGUACACAAGCGGGUGGACGAAAAAUGAUUUUUUGGCAAGAAGUUUUUGAUAAUAAUAAACCUGAUGUUAGUGCUAUUGUUCACAAUUGGUAUUCACAAAAUGAUCAGGCACGGGCUCGAGAUAUCAAAAGAGCUGUUCAGCAAGGCUUUCAAGUAAUUGUUUCUUCUUGUUGGUAUUUGAAUUUAAUAAAUUAUGGCGCUGAUUGGCGUGCCCUUUCACCUAAAGGAUUGGGAAGAUAUUAUUAUUGUGAUCCUCGCAAUUUUCCCGGUACUUAUGAACAAAAACAGCUAGUUAUUGGAGGGAUAGCUACAAUGUGGGGAGAAUAUAUUGAUGGAACUAAUUUGGAAUCAACAUUGUGGCCUAGAGCUUCAGCUGUUGCUGAAAGACUUUGGAGUCCACCAGAAAAAACAAAAAGUGCCGAUGAAGCAUGGCCUCGCUUACAAGAACAUCGUUGCAGAAUGAUUUCACGAGGUUAUAGAGCUGAGCCAGUAAAUGGACCUGACUAUUGCGGCGCGGAAUUCUCAGAAAGUCCAGAAAUGUUUUGA